GACAAUCGUUUAUGCUAUAUUCAGUUUAAUAUACAGUGCGUGUGACAUUACGGACAUUACGCAUGUGCGCGAGUGUGAAUUUAUACACGGUACACACUGUCUCGGCAACUCUCGGCAAUCGGCAUGUCAGAUUGAGGCGUGGUUAAUGUCUAAGAUACUGUCAUUUGCUUGUUCGCAUAUUGAUGUCGUUUUAUAGAACAUGGUCGUCACUUCAUAUAUAUCCUACAUAUAAUUAUUUUUAGAUUAUAUACCUGUUAACAGCUAUAAAAGUAUCUUCAUUGGAACUCCAAUGUUUCGUUCAUGGUUCAUUCUUAUUAACCAAAGAAGGUAUUACCGUGUGUAAAUUGCAAGCUGGCUAGAAGAAAUUGUGUUUUGGUUAAAUGAAGCCAAAGAAUGCACUUUAUAUUUGAACAUUACGUCAUUCUGUGACGCUCCAUACAACAUUCAAAGCUGUGCUGUCACGGAACGGUGAACUUCGAACUUCGACUCUUAAAUUUCUGCCCCUGUUUACGACGAAAGUUCGCAGGUAUUUUAGAUCGGGAACAUGACGUCUACGUUAACGAAGAUUUUGUGCCGAAAUACGCACAGAAUUGAGAAUGGCCUCAACGUUAUACUGAAAAGAAAAGUAGAAAGUGGUCCUAGUAGAGGUCCAACUUUACGCCAUGUGAAACAAAAUCUAAUGGAAUUGAUGGGUCUGGAACUGGGAUACCACCCUCUACAGUCCAGUAGAGAUUAUCUACUAAAGUACUUGCCGAAAACUCAAGAAGAACUUCCACCACGUACCAUGCAGGAUAGUUUCUGUGAAGCUUUUGUACCUCUUAGUACUGAUGUCCUGAUGCAAGAAAAAUAUGUUACAUUUCUGGGUCAUGUGCGACUUGGAAGACUAAUGGAAGAUAUGGAUAUGUUUGCAGUUUGGGUGGCAGCAAAGCAUAUUUCCAAUCCACUGCAACCAGCUGGUGUGCCAACACCAUAUGUAUUGGUGACUGUUCUUGUUGAUCAAGUUAACUUUACCGAUUUGGUACCCCAGCACAAUGCAGAUAUUCGGCUUUCUGGACAUGUUUCCUGGGUUGGCCGCUCAAGCAUUGAGUCAGUGGUUUGGCUGGAGCAGGAGGUGCAUGGGCAAUGGGUGAAACUGACACGUGCUAUAUUUCUUAUGGCAGCUCGUAACUCUGUGAAUACAUCUGCUGCUAUUGUGAAUCCUCUGACAGCUGGCUCCGAUUAUGAAAAGGGUAUCCUUGAAGGAGGCCAUGAUCGUAAUGUGCGCCGAAAGCGAUUAGCAUCCGCUUCGCUUCUUAAACAAUUGCCAGACGAAACUGAACAGCAUGUUAUUCAUAAUCUUUUCCUGAAAACAGUGAAUUUUUCAGAUCCUACUUUUCAAAAUCGUCACUUACCGCCAAAUUCAGUCUGGAUGAGGUCAGCAAGAAUUUCAAAUAUUGUUUUCUGUCACCCAGAGGAUAGAAACUUACACAACAAAGUAUUUGGCGGCUUUCUUAUGCGUCAAGCUCUGGAACUUUCAUGGACUAGUGCAUAUUUAUAUAGCAAAGUGCGACCUAAACUGCUUCACAUUUCUGAUAUUGGAUUUUUCAAACCUGUGGAUGUUGGAUCUCUCCUGCAGAUGCAUUCUCAUGUUAUAUAUACAGAAUUCAGUUAUAUAAUGGUGCUUGUUCAUGCACAAGUUUUGGAUCCUAGUGGCAUGUUAUCCACAACUAACAAUUUUUAUUAUGUAUAUGAAAUGCCAGAGGAAGUGAAGAGUAUUGUACCGGAGUCAUACCACGAGGCUAUGCUGUUCUUGGAUGGUAGGCGCAAAUUUCAGUAUGUAAUGGGCUUAAAUAAACCUCCCAGCUCGUCCAACAAAAAAGAUCCCAACGAUAUUCCUCAGUCACCAUAUACUACUACUAGUAGUAGUAGUAGUAGUAGUAGUAAAAUAUAAUAGGGAGGGAUUCAAUAAAUAAGUUUUUAUUAUUUGAUUCUGUGAUACUUUUCUAAUUUUUAUUCUAUAAAUAUUUAAUUAAUACUUGCUAAAAUAUGUUGAUCAUUUUCACCCUAAGUAACUUAUUAAGGAGUUAUUUAUUACCAUUUUAUUGCCUCUGGUAGGCCUCGCUAUUUUAAUUUUUUGUAAUUUACGCAACAACCUUUGAGUGACAUAUAAAAUAUGUGAUGAGGUUAGUUUUUUCUAUUACCGAAAUGUAUUAAGUGCCAUGGUGCUAUGUAACCUUCUUGUUCUUACUCUAACAAUGGUUAUUGGUUUUGCUGAUGGAUAUUAUUAUUAUAAUUAAUAUCAUUACAUUGCCUUUGGUAGGCUUUCCUGUGUUUGUAUUUGAUACUUUGUAUUUACACCUCAGUCUUGGACUGACUUAUAAAAUGUAUGAAAGGGGGCGGUUUUUCCUUUUAUGAAAAUAUAUAAAUAGUUAUUGUUCUGUCUCGUUACUCAGAAAGUGACGAGAGGUUUUGCUGAUGCUGGUAUCAUCAUUAAAUUAGAAAUAAACUUACAUUUUCUCAAAAGAGGAAAUAAAAUAGUUAUUUUUUUCUUCCAUUUAUGCAUACUCACAGUGUAUUAUUUGAUUGUCUAUUUCCUAUUCUAAAAGAAGUGAGUUGUUGUAUGAUGGUGUUCUGAUGUGAUUGAUAAAACUCUCUCUUGUGUUAUUUUCUCCAUUUUCAAUUCUCUUGCUCUCCAUUUCCUAUUGCCCUCUUUUCUUUACUGGCAUUCUCUCAAUAAUCAAACCCGUUUGGGUGUGUGGCAAGCAUGGUCUCCUGCGUGAAAGGGAAAGAAUGACUUGGGAAUUGAGGUGUCUGUGUAAGCUCGGCACCUGCAUGCACUGUGCUGAUUUUAGGGUAUACUACAUCCAACUCUGUUGUGCGAAUCCUCUAGAUUCCAUAAGACCACUGGAAGGGUCUAUAGCCGACCCUUUCCUGAUCAUCCAGUUGGACUAGAUCUUUGACCUCUGCGGUGAGAGGAGGAGGGUCAUAAUUUCCCUCUGCGAUGGGGGAAAUGCACAUCAACUCCAUGCUACAUCCCCACAGAUAUCUUUGCAGUCCAAUGGAGCAUCCUCCUGUUGGGCUUCAUGGCAAGAUGGAAGCAGCGUUUGAUGAGAGGAUGAACCUUUUAUUCUGUAUGGGAAUACCAAACCUUAUCCCAUGCACCUUCCUGUAAGGAAGAGGACUCUUUACAAAAAUAUUGUUUCUGCGAAAGCUUAGGGCUCUUCUCCCAUAUCGUAACGAAUGAGACAAAUCACCU